GGGCGUGCGGUUGCCAGGCGCUGGGUCACUCGUGUGGGAAGUGCUGAAAUUUCAACGCGUCACAGCCGCGUUAAACACGGAUCACACGCAGAUUCUUACCGCUGAGGAGCUCGCGGCCGGCGGGGAGCCGACAACCGUCCUCCGGUUGAUUACUCAUCUGCUAACGAACUACUCCACCGGGGCUAGCGAGCGUCACUUUCGCGCGAGCGUCGCAGGUCUCGGAUAUUAACCCUUCUGAUCGAGCUGAUCGAUCAAUCAAUGAUCAUGGAGAGGAAGAGGACGGAUUGCCCUGCUCUUCCACCCGGCUGGAAGAAGGAAGAAGUGAUCCGGAAGUCCGGGCUGAGCGCUGGGAAGAGUGAUGUCUAUUACUACAGUCCCACAGGAAAGAAGUUCCGCAGUAAACCUCAGUUAUCCCGUUACCUCGGGAACUCGGUGGAUCUGGGAUGUUUCGACUUCCGCACGGGCAAAAUGAUGCCCAGCAAGAUGCAGAAGAACAAGCAGAGACUGCGCAGCGACAUCCUCGGCCUGAGCAAGGGGAAGCCGGAUCUGAACACAGCGCUGCCCAUCAGACAGACAGCCUCCAUCUUCAAGCAGCCGGUCACUAAAGUGGUCAAUCAUCCCAACAACAAAGUGAAGACAGACCCCCAGAGAGCCACGGAGCAGCCCAGACAGCUGUUCUGGGAGAAGCGGCUGAAGGGUCUGCGGUCGUGGGACGUGUCGGAGGAAGUGCUCAGGACGAUGGAUCUGCCCAAGGGUUUACAGAGUUUGGGGCCGGACUCGACGGAAGAGACGCUCCUGUCGGCCAUCGCUAGCGCUCUGCACAUGAGCUCGGUGCCCAUCAUGGGUCAGACAUCCUCAGCGGCCGAGAAGAACCCGGCCAUAUGGCUGAACACAUCACAGCCGCUCUGCAAGGCCUUCACCAUCACAGACGACGACAUACGGGAGCAGGAGCUGAAGGUCCAUCAGGCCCGGCGCAGUCUGGAAGACGCUCUGAUGGCCGACGGUUUGGCGCGAGCCUCCGAAUCCACCCGAGACAUGGAGGGCAGAGCGGCGUGAAGAGACACAGGUUUGUUAGUGCACUGGAGUCUGUCUCCCGCCCUGGACGCCCGGAUGUGAUGUCAUCAGUCUGCGUCAGCGGCACACGUUCAUGACCAAUAGCUUCAACCAAGGCCUUUUUCAACUAGAGCAUAUAUUUUUUCAUGUACAUAUCUAUAUAUAAUUGAGAGCAAUGCUUAUUUUGUGUCAGACAGAAGAAGGAGAACUCAAAACACAGAGCAAUACUUCCUCGCAUCAGAUCAGGUCUCCGUCGCCGGCUUGUGUUGAGAACUCUUUCACUUUUGUUUGGUGUCGUUGCUCUCUUCAGGGUUUGUGAGAAAUUAUGAAAUACGUCUGAAGCGUGUGAAUGGAAAACUGCUUAUUUAAGAAAAAAAAUUUAUACCUUGAGAUAAAAAUGUGUACAUUUCUUGCAUCGUCCUAGAGGAAAUAAAUGAUUAUAUUCACAAAUA